AUGCCGUCACCGCCCAUCGAUACCCAACAGCAGGUCGCGGAGAUCCGAGACACCAAGUGUUUCCACAAAGGCAAACACGCCCACAACACGAGAACACUUGCCGAACUAACGAGCAUCUAUGGGCGGCGCGGUGCGGCCCCCCAGCCCGCGGGGUUCGUGGACCGCGACCCCUUGUCCGCCGCCAGCGGCUCCUCCUCCGAGCUUGUCUCCGAGGACCCAUUGCGGGGCCGAAGCGGGUUGUGA